UUUCUCUCUCUCUGCACACUUUCACCAUCUUACCGUAGCAAAUCCCUCUCUUGCAGCACACUUUCAGUUUCAUUUUUCUAAUUUUAAUACAUUAUUUUUUUCUCUUUCCAUUUCUGAACCCAGCUCAGGAUUCCCCGAAUUCUAUUCCAGAUUUCUCUCUCUCUUCUCCACAACCUUCACUGUCCCAUCAGACGUAGGUUUUGUCUCUCCGAAAACUCAGCAGAUGAAUCCUUUGCUCGGUGUUUUUCAAACCUGCCUACAUAUCUCUUGACCCGAGGACCUACUGGGACACCAAUUGCACUUUGCGAGCUCAGUUCCUCUCUCUCUCCAUAGAUUCUCCUAACGUAUUUUUAUUUUCUUGAUCUCACGAUGAUGCAAUAAUCCUAUAAUCUCCAAGGCACUGUCACGCCUUCUAUCUCACUCUCUUCCUCUCUCUUUUUUCCCCAAAUUAAAAAAGCAGAAGAGGGAGACAGAAUGUCCCAUGUGUUAGCCGUAAAUGGGCCGGUAAAGAUGGCACGAGGACUAUGGGGGGGAACAGGGUCCUGGCUGGGAGUUAUUUUUUGCCUUAUUGUUCUGGUAUGUCAGUCAUUCCACCUUUCAAACCUGCGGAGGGAACUCUCAGAAAUUCAAAAAAGAAAAGAAGACAUCAGAGUGGAGGUAAGGAGACACUCGAACAUCGAGGAGAGGUCAUGUCCAAGACAGAAGAGAGACCUUCCAGGGAAAAGAAAGAAAAGACACAAUGGUGAGGAGGGAAAACAAGUACUUCUUCACCUGGUACCUGUGACUUUUUCUUCCAAUGAGUUAACAGAAUUUACAGGUGUCUCAUGGAAAGCGGCACUCCAUAGGGGUAAAGCGUUUGAGCUCAAAAAUGAAAAUGUGAAAAUUAAGUUUGCUGGUUUCUACUACAUAUACAGCCAGGUUCUGUACACAGACAUCAGGUUUGUCAUGGGUCAGCUGGUGACACGGAGAGCAGACAGUGACCCUGGUAUCGGAGAGAUUCUCCUUCGCUGCUUGCAGAGUAUGCCAUCAAACAAAACUCUGGCUUAUAACACAUGCUAUAGUGCUGGUGAGAUACCACGUCUCUACUGUACAUACCAAAGCUAUACCGGCCACAAAUCUACCAGUGAUACUUUUCAUGUGAUGGAGUGUUCCAGCUGGAGAAGGAAGAUAUUAUCAGCCUUUACAUCCCCAGAUACAAUGCCAGCGUGGAUCCCAAUGGCUCGUCCACCUUCCUUGGUAUGGUCCGACUGUAGAGGGUUUCAUUCUUUAAUACUGUUUUCUUGGACUGUACCUUUUAAAAUAAAAUGAAUGAGCCCACCCUAUCUUACUGUGUUCACCCUUCCGCGGCAUGGUCUGGAUGCCGAUGGUAUUUGUCGGUUACUGUCAUCUUGGACUGUCCAUUACCGCUCACUUGGACAUUUAUAAGAAGAAAGAAACAAGCUCGACGUAUAUAAUCAAUUUCUUGGAGCUCAACUCAAAAUAUAACGAGCCGGAAGAAUGGGGAAAGAAAAGACACCCAUAUAAUUUUACCAACCAGAUAAAUAGACAUGGAAGAAUCGUGGGAUUGCACAGACAGAAGGAGCUAGGAGUCUGUCCCUCUCCCUGCAGGGUGACACAGUGACACAGACAGAAGGAGCUAUGAGUCUGCCCCUCCCCCUGCAGGGUGACACAGUGACACAGACAGAAGGAGCUAUGAGUCUGUCCCUCCCCCUGCAGGGUGACACAGUGACACAGACAGAAGGAGCUAUGAGUCUGUCCCUCCCCCU